AUGUCUCUCCUCAAUUCUUCAAUUCCAAUUAUAUUCAAUCAGUUGUAUCUGAAUGGAGCGUAUAGCGCCUCUCAUUCAUCCGAGUCCAUUUCCAUCCUAAACCCGAAGGACAACACACUUGUCGCAGAUGGAAUUCCCAUUGCGGACGAUGUCGAUGUCGACAACGCCGUAAGGUUCGCUGAAGCAGCAUUCAAUGGUCCUUGGUCGAAGUUUAGUGCUACUGAGCGCUCGGCCUGUUUUCAUCGAUUGAUCAAUCUGCUCGAAGAGAAGUUGCCUGGAAUUCUGCGUCUUGACUCUUUGACGACGGGGAACCCGGUCUCACUCAUUCCGACCCGAGAGAGCAACUACAUUCGGAACUGUCUUUUAUACUAUGCGGGUUGGACAGACAAGCAACGCGGGGAUUACUUCCCUGACGACGACGGGUUCGUAAAGCUUGUCAGGCAUGAGCCUAUUGGUGUAUGUGUUGCCAUCAAUCCUUACAAUUCACCAGUGGCAUCCCUUUUCAUCAAAGCUGCACCAUGUCUGGCAACCGGAAAUGUACUCAUUGUGAAGCCAUCGGAAAAGAGCCCGUUAGGUUCCUUGGCAGUUGCAGCACUUUUUGAGCAAGCGGGAUUUCCACCUGGUGUCGUUCAGGUCUUGACAGGCGAUGGCAGUACAGGGGCGCGGCUUGCCAGCCAUAUGAGAGUAAGAAAGAUCAGCUUCACUGGAAGCGUUGCGACCGGAAAGAAAAUCCAAGUUGCUGCAGCUCAAAGCAAUUUAAAGCGGGUCACAUUAGAGCUUGGUGGCAAAAGCCCGGCAGUGAUAUUCGAGGAUGCCAACCUGGAAAAUGCAGUUACAUGGUAUGAGUUCAAAGCCUUUAAGGUUGAGAGCAGUAUAAUGACGAUAUGCAGGACAAUCAACGGAAUCUUAGCGCGAACAGGACAAGUUUGUGUCGCGGCAUCUCGUGUCUACGUCCAGCGUUCAAUCGCUUCCAAAUUCAUCGACCUAUAUUGUGCGCGGAUGAAGGAUGCAGUAAAAGAUAUCGGUGACCCCCAGGAAGUCGAGACCAAGUUUGGACCACUAGCAGAUGCCGCGGCCUUUAAAAAAGUCCAGGCGAUGAUUGCACGGGCUAAGAAUGAAUGCGAGCUGGCCGUGGGCGGAAACCGCAUUGGCGAUCAGGGGUGUUUCCUCGAACCAACUGUCUUCCUGAACCCGAAGCCAGACGCUGAAAUUUACAAAAAUGAAGUCUUUGGACCGGUCUCGGUUAUCAAGACCUUUGAUACAGAAGCUGAAGUCAUUGAAUUGGCCAAUGAUACCGAAUAUGGACUGAUGGCAGGAGUGUUCACGCGAGACAUCAAUCGUGCCAUGAGGGUUUCUUCAAAGAUAGAAUCUGGUGUAGUAGGUGUUAAUUGCGUCAGUGUGAUGAACAUCCAAGUACCUUUCGGUGGUAAGAAAGCCUCUGGAAUUGGAAGAGAAUUUGGCGAAUAUGCUUUACGAGCAUUUACCGAACCAAAGACUAUUUUGAUCAAUAUGAAUUCAUAG